GGUGCUACUGUUAUGUUGUGGCGCGUGUUCUAAACAAUUUUGUUGUCGCGUUGCAAAGCAAAGAACUUCUGGUUAUUAUAUAAAUAAAUACAACUAAACGUAGUAAUGAGCUUUGAUCUCUUCAAGGAGACGAUCGAGCUGGGAGACACGGUGAUGCUGUACCUGGGCGUGAACAGCAUGCACGCCAUCGAGGUGCAGCCGAAAAUAAAGAACAAGAAGGAUGAAAUGGUGGAGAAUGUGUUCCAGACGACGUACGGCGCCCUGAAGGUGAAAGAGCUGGUCGGGAAGAAGUUUGGCAGUAAAGUGGAGCUGUCGAAAGGCUGGGCGUACGUUCUGCACCCCACGCCGGAGUUGUGGACGUUGACGCUGCCGCACAGGACACAGAUAAUUUACACACCGGACAUCAGCAUGAUUAUUUUUCAACUGGAAAUCAGACCCGGUAGCAUCGUAGUGGAAUCAGGAACUGGGAGCGGCUCUCUGUCGCACGCCCUGAUCCGGUGCAUCAAGCCGGACGGACACCUGUACACGUUCGACUUCCACGCCCACCGAGCGUCCGUCGCGACGGCGGAGUUCGAGUCGCACGGCGUGGGGCGGUGGGUCACGGUGGAGCAGCGCGACGUGUGUGGGGACGGGUUCGGCCCCCAGCUCGAGGGGACGGCAGACGCGGUGUUCCUGGACCUGCCCCACCCCUGGGAGGCCGUCCCGCACGCCGUGUCCGUCAUGAAGGAGUGCGGGGGCCGCCUCGUGUCCUUCUCGCCGUGCAUCGAGCAAGUGCAGCGGACGUGCGCGGCGCUGGCCAGCCACGGCUUCCUGGAGCUGUGCACCGCGGAGCUGCUGCAUCGCGAGCUGCAGGUGCAGUCCCGGGGCCAGACGGUGCUGCAGCUAGACCCGCCGCAGGCGCCGGCUGCCGACUCCAGGCCGCAGACGACUCGCUUCCUGAGCGCCGUGCCGCCGGCGUCCAGUCCCGGCCACACGGGCUACCUCACCGCCGCCACGCUGCCGCCGCGGCGCGCGCGCCCGCCGCCCCCGGGGCCCCCGCGCGCCGCCCCCGACCCCGUAUCCGCCCCCGAGCCCGCCCCCGACCCCGUAUCCGCCCCCGAGCCGGCCCCCCAGCCGUCACCGCAAUAAACACCUUCCAUCGCCACGUGUCGUCUCUUUGUUCUCCAAGCUCCAACCCUGCACCAUGCUCGGGGAAUCCAUCUAGCUUGCUACUUUCUUUGGGGGACGCACCACAACGCCGAAAUACCACAACGCCGAAAAAUGUCAUUUCGGGACUGCCAAAAAGGUUAGGUUAGGUUAGGCUAGGCUAGGCUAGGCUAGGCUAGGCUAGGCUAGGCUAGGCUAGGUUAGGCUAGGAUAGGCUAGGUUAAGUUAGGUUAGGUUAUAUUACACUAGGUUAGGUUAGGUUAGGUAAUGUUAGGUUUGAUUGUGAUAUUUCGGCGUUAAGGUACAUUUAAGAAACACACACAAAUUCAUUCAGUUGUUAUUUCGGCGUUGUGGUACACAGCAGUUUUAUAGCUGUCGACGUUGUGGUCAAUUUUGACAUUCGGCGUUAUGGUAUUUCAGCGUUGUGGUAACGACCCCUUUGAAAAUUGAUUUCAGAUGUUUUUUUUAUGGACAUUCGCCAUUGCUCGGUACGUCGUAUGUCAUAGAUGAGAUGAACAUACAAAACAGGACGUAUGUGCAAACACAUGGAAAGCAAGCCAAAAUCAGCCGAUCACAAAGAAAUUAAUUAAUGAACUUAGCUCAGAAAAUUCCAGGAAGCAGUCAGUAAAAAAAAAAAUAAAAAAAAUUACAGUGCUGACGGACACAGUGUAGCGGUCAACGAUGAGACAUUUGCGACAAGAACAGUGAAUUGAAAUAAAACAACAACUUUGGACAAAACAGCGACAAGCAGAGGAUCCCGGCGAUGAUUCAGAACAGAUGAUAUGGAUGGCAUGACGACAGUGCAGCGACGCACAUGCGAAUACAAUGAUGAAAUUAAACAAAUAUUCUGACAACACAACGAUGACAACACAGACGAACAAAGUAUGCUUCUUAAGACAAAAAAUUGCGACGUUUCGGGAUCUGAGAUGUUUCCCUCCUCAGGCGCAGACUGUUCUUCAAUUUUUUUGUCCUGGGCUGAUAUUGGCUUGCUUUCUAUUUGUUUCUACAUUCAUCUGUUUUGUAUAUUCAUCUUCUUUUGUCUGUUAUUGAGGUUUCUUCUGACAUGCUGUGUAACGAGCAAUGGUAUAUACCCACAAAAAAUCUUAAAUCAUACUUGCUACUAUCUGAACAAACUGUAAUUAUUUCCCGUGGUGAAUUAUACGUUAUGUUAUAACAUAUAAUGUGGUUAUUACAUCGAAUUACACGCCA